GCCAACAGAGGUUGCAGACUGGGUUGAUUUUGAGUGACAAGAUCAAAUAGCCAAAAUGUCGGCAACACUAGACUUGGAGAAAGGAUGCACAGUGGAUGAACUGUUACAUGGAUGCAUUGAAGCCUUUGACAAUGAGGGCAAGGUCCGGGACCCGCAGCUGGUCCGCAUGUUUCUCAUGAUGCAUCCGUGGUACAUCCCAUCCUCUGAGCUGGCUGCGAAACUGCUUCAAAUUUAUCAAGAGUCUCGUGGAUCAGAAAACAGCUCCUUGCCAGUUAAAACUUGCCACCUAGUCAGGUACUGGGUCUCAGCCUUCCCUGCAGAGUUUGACCUCAACCCAGAACUGGCCGAGCAGAUCAAGGAGUUGAAGGAACUUCUUGGGCGGGAAGGGAGCCGUCGACACAGCAACCUGAUCGAUAUUGAGAGCGUCCCGACUUACAAGUGGAAGAGACAGGUGACCCAGCGGCACCCCGUUGCACAGAAGAAGCGCAAGAUGUCACUGCUUUUUGAUCACCUGGAGUCAGGAGAACUGGCAGAACACCUCACCCACCUUGAAUACUGCUCCUUCAGCAAAAUCCUGUUCCAGGAUUAUCACAGUUUUGUGAUGCACGGAUGCACAGUGGACAACCCGAUCCUGGAGAGGUUCAUCACUCUCUUCAACAGCGUCUCCCAGUGGAUUCAGCUCAUGGUGCUCAGCAAGCCCACCGCUCAGCAGCGGGCCCAGGUCAUCACCCGCUUCGUCAUGGUGGCCCAGAGACUUCUCCAUCUGCAAAAUUUCAACACUCUGAUGGCCGUGAUCGGAGGACUGGGCCACAGUUCCAUCUCUCGCCUAAAGGAGACACACAGCUUUGUGAGUCCAGAGACGACAAAGGUCUGGGAGUCGCUGCUGGAGUUGCUGUCUUCGGCAGGGAAUUACAGCCGCUACCGGCGGUGUUUUGCGGAGUGCGUGGGGUUCAAGUUCCCCAUCUUGGGUGUCCACCUCAAGGACCUGGUGGCUGUCCACGUGGCCCUUCCCGACUGGCUGGACCGGACGCACUCCCGCCUGAACGGCAAUAAGAUGCAGCAGCUGUUUAGCAUCCUCAGCGACCUGGCCAUGGUUCAAAGCAUCCGCCCGCCCUUCGAGGCGAACCCCGACCUUCUCAACCUGCUCAUGGUCUCCCUGGAUCAAUACCAAACAGAAGAGGAGAUUUAUCAACUCUCUUUGCAACGUGAACCCCGAAACAAGUCUACGCCUUCCAGCCCCACAUUCUCUAACCCACCCCCUCAGCCUGUUAUGAUCGAGGAAUGGGCCUCAGUGCCAAAACCGAAGCCAGACCAAGCGGUUGUGCGCAAACACAUCGAGAAGAUGGUGGAGUCUGUUUUCCGGAACUUUGAUGUCGAUGGAGAUGGGAAUAUUUCCCAAGAAGAAUUCCAAAUCAUCCGGAAUAAUUUUCCAUAUCUCUGCAAAUUUGGAGACCUGGAUGAGAAUCAAGACGGUUGCAUCAGUCGAGAAGAGAUGGUGUCCUACUUCAUGAAGUCCAGCUUGGAGCUGAAUGGGAAGAUGGGUUUCAUCCACAACUUCAAUGAAACCACCUUUCUGCGCCCAGUUGCUUGCCGUCACUGCAAGGGCCUGAUCAUUGGCCUCUACAAGCAAGGACUAAAAUGUCGAGCCUGUGGGGUGAAUUGCCACAAACAGUGCCGGGAUCUGCUUUCGGUUGAGUGCCGCAAACGCACCAAGAGUGUCAGCCUCGAUGGAUCAGUAUCCCUACCAGCCCGGUCCUUUAGUUUCUCGCUGCCCCGUCCUGGCCGGACUUCCCUGCGACAUACAGAAAUCCAGGAGGAAGACGUACAGGCUGGGGAAGACGGGGUUUUUGAUGAGAAGCUAUGAGACCAGCUCAGCUCAGCAGACGGCCUGGAAUCCAAGCAUGAGAAACACCUCGUCCUUCUCGGGGACCACAGCCGGUCUGCCAGUGCUCUCCCCUCCCCAAAUUCAGUGGGGCGUGUCCUUUGGAGGAUGGGGCCUCUCCAUUUUGAAAGCACUUUGGCAAGGGAAAUAGGAGAAGCUUCUGCCCCACCCCAAGGCCUUUUAGAAAUGUGUGUAUAUUUGUACCAAGAACUGGAUUCAAAGAUGUAAUAAUAAUUAGAAUAAAUUUGACACCUGC